AUGAAUGGUACGAAUGGGGAAGUUAUAGCUGGUGGCAAUGAUCAAGAAAUUCGAUUAAAUCGUCCAACUGAUGUGUUAAUUGAUAAAGAGACGUGCAGUCUCAUUAUCUGCGAUUCGGAGAAUCGACGAGUUGUACGAUGGUAUCUUCAUAGUAGCACAACUCACGAAGAAACCCUCAUUGACAACAUUAGAUGUUGGGGAUUGGCCAUGGAUGAUCAGAGACACCUCUACAUCUCUGACUUCGAGAAACAUGAAAUAAGACGAUAUCACAUAGGGGACAAAAAUGGAACUGUCGUCGCCGGUGGUCAUGGCGAAGGUUCUGGUUUUAAUCAACUCAAUGUUCCAACCUACAUCUCUGUUGAUCGACAGCAGGCUGUCUACGUAUCAGACCGUUUCAAUCAUCGUGUGAUGAAAUGGAAUAAAGGUGCAAAAGAAGGAAUUGUCGUCGCUGGAGGUCAAGGCCGAGGGCAGACUUUGACACAAUUGUCAUUUCCAAACGGACUGUUUGUCGACACAUGGGGUACCAUCUAUGUGGCAGACAUGUUCAAUAAUCGAGUGAUGCGUUGGCCUCAGGGAGCGAGUAUGGGCACCGUCAUUGUGGGUGGAAAUGGUCAAGGUANUAUUUUAUUAUAA